AUGAAUGUCCUCAAGCUCCAGAAGCGGUUUCCCCAGCUGGACCAGGGCGAGAUUUUCUCCCUCCAGGAUGCAUUCCGUAAGCUUGAUGUCGAUGACCGCGGCUACUUGGACGAGGCAUCCGCAAUCAAAGCCACUCAACAAUCCGAGCGACAGCCUUAUGACGUUGUGCGCCAGACCCUGAAAGGUGUGGAGCUGGAUAGCUCUCGCCGCGUGGAGCUCGAGGAUUAUAUCGAUCUGGUUGCUAGGCUGCGCACUGGACCUGCGGCUGGCGCCCCGGGGGCUUCCCCCACCGCUGUCAUCCAAGGAGCUGGAGCCGGUGCUGGCGCCGGUGCUUCCCGCCAUGUUUCCAAGGGUAGCGUCGGUGGUAAGAUCCACGUCCAAGGAUCUUCGUCAAAUGUCACCCACACCAUCAACGAAGAUGAGCGAACCGAAUUCACCAGACAUAUCAACGCUGUUCUGGCCGGUGACCCCGACAUUGGCGACCUCCUGCCCUUCCCCACCGAUACAUUCGAGAUGUUCGACAAGUGCAAGGAUGGUCUGGUGCUCGCCAAGUUGAUCAAUGACAGUGUUCCCGAUACCAUUGAUGAGCGUGUUCUGAACAAGGCCGGCAAGAAGAUCAAGCAAUUGAACGCUUUCCACAUGACCGAGAACAACAACAUCGUCAUCAACUCCGCCAAGGGCAUCGGCUGCUCUGUCGUCAACAUUGGAAGUGGAGACAUUAUUGAGGUUCGCGAGCACUUGAUUCUGGGUCUUAUCUGGCAGGUCAUUCGACGUGGUCUGUUGGGCAAGAUUGAUAUCAAACUACACCCUGAACUCUACCGCCUUUUGGAUGAGGAUGAGACCCUCGAACAGUUCCUGCGCCUGCCCCCAGAGCAGAUCCUUCUCCGCUGGUUCAACUACCACCUCAAGAACGCCAAGUGGGACAGACGGGUAUCCAACUUCUCCACCGAUGUCAAGGACGGCGAGAACUACACCGUUCUCUUGAACCAGUUGGCACCAGAGACCUGCUCACGCAGCCCUCUACAAACCCAAGACCUGCUUCAGCGCGCGGAGCAAGUUCUUACCAAUGCGGAUAAGCUUGACUGCCGCAAGUUCCUGACCCCGACAUCCCUAGUUGCAGGAAACCCCAAGCUGAACCUUGCCUUCGUUGCCAACCUCUUCAACACACACCCCGGACUGGACCCCAUUACCGAAGAGGAGAAGCUUGAAGUUGAGGACUUUGACGCAGAGGGCGAGCGUGAAGCCCGCGUUUUCACUCUUUGGUUGAACUCUCUCGACGUGCAGCCAGCUGUCAACUCGCUCUUCGACGACUUGCGGGACGGAAAUGUUCUGCUGCAGGCAUACGACAAGGUCAUCCCUGGAAGUGUAAACUGGCGCCACGUCAACAAGCCCCCUGCCAACGGCGGCGAAGUGAUGCGAUUCAAGGCCGUCGAGAACACAAAUUACUCCAUCGAACUCGGAAAGCACCACGGCUUCUCGUUGGUCGGUGUCCAGGGCGCCGAUAUCACCGACGGCCAGCGCACUCUCACCCUCGGCUUAGUAUGGCAACUGAUGCGUCGGGAUAUCACCAGAACCCUUUCCGCACUGGCCCAGCGCCUAGGCAAGCGCGAGAUCACCGAUGCAGAGAUGAUCCGCUGGGCAAACGACAUGUCCAAGAGCGGCGGCCAGUCCUCCGCCAUCCGCAGCUUCAAGGAUUCAUCCAUUGGAACCGGCCAGUUCUUGUUGGAUGUCCUUAACGGUAUGAAGAGCAGCUAUGUUGACUACGACCUUGUUACGCCCGGACGAACGGACGAGGAUGCCUACGCCAAUGCCAAGCUUAGCAUCAGUAUUGCUAGAAAGAUGGGUGCGACCAUUUGGUUGGUGCCAGAGGAUAUUUGCCAGGUUCGCUCGAGACUGGUUACUACCUUCAUUGGUUCCCUUAUGGCUACGCAUGAGAAGAUGUAG